AUGACGUUUUUUUUUUCUUCUUUGUUUUUUAUUUAUUUGUUUCUUUCCUUUUUGUUUUCUAUUUUGGGCUUUUCUUUCUUUUUUCUUCUUUCUUCAUUUCCCUGUCUACCAUUUCGUUCUAUAUUCUUUGUUUGUUUUGAAUUUUUAUUUCUGUUUAUUUUUUUCAAUUCUUUGCUUUCUUACUCGCUCAUUUAUUUCAUUUUUUGUUUUUGUUUUCUUAAUCUUCUCUUUCAUUUUGUUUUCAUACGCUUCUUCUUUCAUUACAAAAUUUCUUCUUCGUUGUAUUUUCAUCUUUUUCGCUCUCGUUCUUCUCCCUUUCUCAUCCUUUCUUUCUUUUUCUUCCUUCUUUUUUUUCUCAUUCUAUUUACUUUCUUUCUUUCUUUCUUUCUUUACUAUCUUAGGUUUCUUUGUUUUAUUAUUCGCUUUUUUUUCUUUUUGUGCAUCUUUCAUUCAUUCUCUUGA